UCGGUCAGCUGACCACACAGGAGAGAUUUGUAAACGGAACUAUCAAGUGCUGCCAUGUUCUUUAUCACGGAUCGAUUUGUCGAUCGAUUACAGUGUAUGUGAGAUCGUUGGAAGUGUGUGCUUAAGUCGCCCCGUUUUAAAAACAUUCACAUUGAGUCGCAGCCUUGAAUACGAGUCCUCUGAAUCGUCUCUGACACCAUGCUAGCCACAGUGACUGCUGUGGUUAGGUUUGCUCAGUACAAUGGCAGCAUUUCACCCACACCUCUGGAGAACACAACAACAUUUACGACAUGGAAACCUGAUCGUGAAGCCAACAUCACCAAGCCUCACAAAUGUCUGCAAGUUCUCUAUGAGGACAUUGGAGAGUCCAGGGUGCGGUUCUGGGAUAUGUUAUUGCUUGUGCCUAAUGUGGCCUUUUUUGUAUUCCUGAUGUGGAAGUUGCCCUCAGCCAGGGCAAAGAUUCGACUCACGUCCAGCCCCAUAUUCGUUACCUUUUACCUGCUGGUUUUUGUUGUAGCAGCAGUUGGAAUCACCCGGGCCAUCGUGUCCAUGACUGUCAGUGCAUCCAGUGCUGCCACCAUCAUAGACAAAGUGCUGUGGGAAAUCACCCGCUUCUUCUUGUUGGCUAUUGAGCUCAGUGUUGUUAUCUUGGGACUGGCUUUCGGUCACCUGGAGAGCAAGUCCAGUAUAAAGCGUGUGCUGGCUAUCAGUGCUGUCCUGGCUCUGGCUUACUCCAUCACACAGGGCACACUAGAAAUCCUGUAUCCAGACAGUCACCUCUCUGCUGAGGACUUCAACAUCUACGGCCACGGGGGGCGGCACUUCUGGUUGGCCAGUUCCACCUUCUUUUUCCUGGUGUACUCUUUGAUUGUGGUCUUGCCUAAAACUCCGGUGAGGGAGAGGAUAUCUCUGCCAUCUAAGAGGAGUUUCUAUGUGUACGCUGCCAUCCUGGCUUUACUCAACCUGGUCCAGGGUCUGGGCAGCGCUCUGCUCUGUGCUGGAAUCAUAGAGGGUCUCUGCUGUGUGGAUGUCACUACCUUCCUCUAUUUCUCCACAUUUGCUCCACUCAUCUAUGUCACGUUCCUCAAAGGCUUCUUUGGUUCAGAGCCCAAGAUCCUGUUCUCCUACAAGUCACAGAUAGAUGAGCCAGACGACACCGACGUCCACCUUCCUCCGACCGUCGCUACUACUCUUGGCCGUAAGGAGCUGAAUGACCAGGGUCUGUUCUACUCCUCCACCCAGAUCGAUGGCUCUGGUCCAGGCAGCUCUCGCAUGGUGGGAGCAUACCUGGAUGAUGUUGCCUCUGGACCGUUUGGGUCCAGCAGCAUUAACAGUAUUGAAGCCGACCGCUGGAGACCCAUCAAUGCCUGAGAUGGUCAUCCAGCUGGACUUUAAAUAUAAUGCACACAUGUUGGGCAGGAUGGUGACCAGUGGAGUUGAUCAAAACAAACAAAAAAACGUACCGCAUUUGGAUACUAAUGGAGGGGGACCUAUGCUCGUCAUUUAUGUGGAGGACUGCGGAUUUAGCAACUGCUUUGCUAAAACAGUUGCAAGAGUGCACUGCUGCUGUGGCUCUACACUCAGAGUUGUUCUGUCCUUUGUUGUGGCCCCGACUGACUCCAUGUUGAUUGUGUUCCACAGGCUUUUAAAUGAGGGGGGGGGGCGCUUACUGACUCAUGUUAGCACAUUUUCUGUCAUUCCAGCAUCAAAUGCUCAGUCUUCAGUGUUGACAUUUUAGCUUCAUUUUAAGUUCCAGAAUCUUUAACAUCUGUACAUUCCCACUAAAGCCUUUGAAUAACAAUAUCUUUGCUGACUUUAUCCGCUGCCCUGUAUUAGAAUUGUGUCUCAAUUGUCACUGUGCCUCUUAAUACAGGGCAAGGACUCGUGUGUUUUGACAGGUGUACUUUGUCUUCUGAGAUUGGUGCUGUUUGUCCUGGUAACAAGUGAACAAGUAUUAGUGUGAUGCGCAUCAACACAGCCUAAUAAGAAAAUCAGUAAGUCAUUAAUGCAGGCUUUGCAUUCAUUUUAAAAACCACACGCCGUCUGUGAGACUCCCUGCUUAGAGGCUGAGACCAGAACAAGCGAAAAAUACAAAAAUCACAUCUCAGCCAUGUGUUUUCAUUCCUCUUUUAUUUGGUUUUGCUUCUUUCUCCCAUCUGAUUUAUCACUCCUACUGAAAGCACAAAAGCACACUUCAUAGCGAUUAUGGAGACGUCAUCAUCUGUGUGAUUCAAACCAGAAAUAUGAACCUAUUUUUUUUGUGUUCACAUUCAGACCUGUGUUCCUUCCUUAUCAACAUGUCUUAUUCAGCUUUGUUUGCUGUAGAAGAGGUUUUCUGAUGUAUGUAUGUUGUUUUAUUUUGCUGCUACCCCACUCUUUGUUCCCCCAUUUGUUAUAGUUUUUAUAUUAUAUUAAGAGAAGUGGUAACCAGUUGACCAAAAAGAAAACAUUGCUCAAUUCUGUCGCAUGAAAUUGUGGUGUUUAUACAGCUUUGAUACAAAGAUGAAUAACUUUGUUUCCCCUCUAAACGAUAAGGCUUUCAGUGGUUAUUUAAGAAAAAAAAUCAUCCUGAUUCAUUUUAUAUCAAGUUUGACUUGUUUAUAUCUUGGCUCAAUUCAUGAUCCAUACUCGCAAACAUAUUAUUACAGAAGUAUACCUUUGAAACCACCUCAUAUCACAUUUUCUUACAGUAAUACAAAGUAGAUAAGAUAUGAUGCAAGUUUUCCCCUGAACAUGUGUUUGGCAGGAGUGGAUUACUGUAUUUAAGAUGGCAGUAUUUAGUGGUGAACUGUGUGCAGAAAAUAUAGGGUUAUAUGUAUUUUUCACUACUGCAAAGUGAAGAAGUGCUAUAUUUACGAGUAAACACAGUAAAUUGCCUAACUCUUGGAAUGUUUGUAUUCAUAUUUGAGUGCUGGUUAACACUGCUGCAUUGCUUGGUGUUCGAAUAGUGAUUGGAAACACCAGUUUGCUGUUUUAUGACAUUACGCUCAAUGUUACGGAAAUGAAAAGUGCACAUUCUGGAUACAGAAGUUGUUUGAGGAGGAAAUAAUUUUACAAAUGGAGUGUUAAAAAACAAACAAAAAAAAACUACGCCUUUUUUUUAUUUAAGUGCAUUGAUUGUAUAGUAUUCAGUACGUACUAAUGCAAUGUGUUGAGCGUUGCAUGAGCAACAGAAUAAACAAUGAACUACU